AUGGCGCCCGGUGACAAGGCUAAGGCAAAGUUCUUUGCUAUUAUUGAAGACCCGAAGAGAUAUGAUACCACAUGCUACAAGAAUAGACCCAUGGCGACGAGGACCCCGUCCGGGGGAUCCGAGCUGACCAAUGUUGUCAGCCGCCGCGAGAGCUCGAGCAGUACCGGUUCGAACCACCAACAAAGCCGCAUCAGGGGCAUGUUGAAAGAGUGGAUGAAUCGGCCGGCGUACUAA